AUGAUCAACAACUUCCUAUCUAGCUGCGGAGUUUUAGGCGUGAAAGAUGGCCUAGGUGAGAUUAAAGAAAAUCCAGAAUUUAAGAGUGCUUGCAAUACAGAUUUGAAAAAGUCGCCCGGUGUUCCCAAAGAAAAUUGGAAUCAAGAAACUAAAAUUGGGGUUUGGAGUUUGAAACGACCUUCGUGGGCUCGUUGCUUGAAAUUUUACUCUAUUGUCAGGGAGUAUUCAGUUUUUGAAUCAUCAGGAGAUAUAUUUGCUAACUCCCCAAUGCUUCUAAGUUUACUCUUUGCGGAGUCUCAAAUAUUUAAAUGUAAAGGGUAUGGUCCAGAUCAACAUGAAACUCAUAAGGCAAUAUCUUCAAAUCAGUUGGGAUACUAUUCCAGACUUGUUGAGUAUGAAUUAAUUAGAGAGGUUAUCCUUGAUUUGGCAUAUGAAUAUGAACUUAACCUGUUGACCUGCCAUGAAAGUGAUAUUUAUUGUACACUGGCUAGAAUAUGGACUGAAUGUCAUGUUUCUAAAGGGAUGGAGGAAACAUGUUUUUACAGUAAAGAAGAACAUGAAAAUAAAAUUAUGAAUGAUAUCCUUUCGAUAUUGCAUACACGGAUGGAAAAGAAGCUAAAUGAAAGACUGGGAUUGUUUGGUGAUCACAAUCAAGAUCAAUCUGAAAGCAAUCAUUCAGUUGGAGUUGAAAAGCUUCAAAAUAGGAAAACUGAACUCGCUACGGAACUUAGGAGGUUACAGGCAUCAUUCACAGAAAUCGUAUCAAGGAUAUACAGUACAUCUUCCCGUCUAUUUCGUGAAUAUCGACACGUAGUUUGGCCACGAAUGAGUCGUCAGGCAUUAGCAGUUUUAACUGAACAAACCAAAGCCUUACUUUUGCGCGUCAAAGUUUUGCAGAAAUCCAUUGAAUAUUCCGCUUCACAACCCUCAGAAACCUUAGAUAUCCUGAAGAAGAUUCACAUUGAACUUGCCAAUUCACGUUGUGUUUUACAAAAAGAGGUGAAGGAAUUAGAAACACUGCUUGCUACAUAUGACAAUAAAGAUGGCGAAUAUCAUAAAUUAGUAAAAAGAUAUGUUGAUUGCCAACAACAAUUAUCUUUACGUUCUACAUUAUUACACGAUAACGAUACUAUACAACUUAAUCGAAGAUCACAUAAGAACUUUUCAAGCCGUCGAUCAUUGAGUGUUGACGAAAGACGGAGUAACUGUUACCGUUGCUGUUGCAUCAAUAAUAAAAUUUAUCGCCAAAUAAUAAUAAUACGUUCUCUAUAUGAAGAACAUUUACGAAUUGAACAAAAUCGAAAACGUGCCUUAGAACUUAGACUUUCACAAGUUGUUGCAAAUGAUCGUCAUGAUGUUUAUGCAUCAGUCCCACAAUCAAAACUGAAUACAAAAUACUUAAGUGAUGGAGGUUUUAUUUUUGAAGAGGAAACUUCUAAUCAUAAUUAUCCUUAUACAGAAAAAGAUGAAGAAUUUUCAGAUCCAGAAUUAAAUGCAACUGCUAAACCUAAAAAACGCAAGCAAAAGUGUAUACAGCAAUCAAACACUGAGUCGAAUCUUCUCAUAACUAAUUUCAAUGUACCUAUUCCGCCUGAUCAAGGAAAACCGACUUGUGAUUUAUGCCAUAAACUGUUUGAAGAAUCAUUUUUACGCAAAACAUUUGAAGUAGAUGUUUGUGAUAAAUGUCGAGAUCCUAAAAAUAUUCAUGCUUUAAUUACUAAGAGUUCAGCAAAAGAACGUUAUUUACUGAAUGAUGUUGAUUUAGACAUACGUGAACCGAAAUUAAACUAUUUGUUGAAACGCAAUCCACACAAUUCAAGUUGGGGAGAUAUGAGGCUGUAUUUGGAAGCACAAAUUGCUGAACGUGCUCUAGAAAUCUGGGGUAGUGAAGAUGCAUUAGAAAAAGAACGUGAAAAGCGCUUUAAGCGCAAUGAACAAUCGAAACUUAAAAGUUAUAGUAAAAAGGUUAAAGAACUGAAACUUCAAACACGCAGUAGCUUAUAUACGAGAAUUGCUGAACGUGCUCUAGAAAUCUGGGGUAGUGAAGAUGCAUUAGAAAAAGAACGUGAAAAGCGCUUUAAGCGCAAUGAACAAUCGAAACUUAAAAGUUAUAGUAAAAAGGUUAAAGAACUGAAACUUCAAACACGCAGUAGCUUAUAUACGAGAGUGCACAAAUCUCAUGAACAUACGUUCGGACCGGAGAAAUAUAAUUCUAAGUCAGAUAUUUACUAUAAAUGCUGUAUUGAGUGUAAUUACAAAUCGACUUAUGAAAAAUUGUAA